AUGUCGGAAAAUAUUAAUACUUUAAAACUCAUACAUGUAUUAUUCAGGCAUGGAAAUAGGACAAAUGUUAAAUCAACUUGUUUUCCAAAUGACCCAUACAUUAGUGAAACUUAUCAUCCAUAUGGUAGGGGUCAGUUAACAAAAGCUGGGAAACAAAAUUGUCACAACUUGGGCAAAUAUCUUCGAAAGAGAUACGAAAAUUACUUAGGGGAAUACAAUUUUAACACUGUUGAAGCUUUUUCAACGGAUAUGCCAAGAACCAAGAUGAGUUUGCAGAUGGUUUUAGCAGGUUUAUUUCCACCUUCAGCAGAUGAGGCCAUAGACAAUCUGAAUUGGCAGCCUAUUCCUUAUAAUUAUAAGCCUGUUUCGGAUGACAAAUUAUUGUUUGGUGUUUGUCAGCCUGAGCAUCGGGAAGAAUUGGACAAAAUUGAGGCUAGCGCUGAAGUUCAGGCAAUUUACGAGAAAAAUAAAGAUUUAAUAGCGUAUAUAAAUCAACAUACUGGGAAAAAAUAUACGGAGUUUUUUAGUUAUUUUGAUUUAUAUACAACUUUUUUAAGCGAGGAAGAAUGGGGUUUUGAACUCGAAGAGUGGACAAAAACAAUUUAUCCUAAUUUUUUAAAAAGUUUAGCUAUACAGUUUUUCAUGACUUUAUCCAAGACUGAUAAGAUAAGGAAAUAUGGACAAGGAAACUUUUUAAAGAAAAUCAUCGAUGAAUGCAAGGCCAAAAUGGAGGGUGUGCUUUCAGAGGAAAGAAAAAUUUACCUGUACUCUGGACAUGACAUUAAUAUAACCCAAUUUUUGGGUACAUUAGACCUCUUUGAACCUCACAUGCCGCCAUAUUGUGCUUGCGUCAUUUUGGAGCUUCAUGAAAUAAAUGGUGAAUAUGGUCUAAAAAUAUUUUAUCAAGAUUACAAACAAGAAGACCCCAAGUUAAUGAAACUUCCGGGAUGUCAGGAGUUCUGCCCGUUGGAUAAAUUCGUCGAAAUACACGAAAAAUAUCUACCAGAGUAG